CUUUGCCAUCGCCAUUCUCCAAGCAAGUGCUCUUGGCAUAAAAUAACCCGUUAACCAGACACUCACCUAUAUAAGAAGAAGAGGAUAAGAGAUCCAGGGAAAUCAUCACGGACCAGCCUACUCCAAGAGAUUGAAGGUCGAAAGACAGGCGAUUCACGAGGAAAUAAUCACCUCAUUCAAGUUUUCAACAAAAUAAAGUAUCUAUAAAUCCAACAUGGCAGCUCUGGCAGCAGCAGCAUCCCUUGCGACCGUUGUCAUUGGAGGCGCCGUCGGUAUCGGUCUGGCCAGCAUCGCUGCUCACUUCACCCGUCGUAGCGGCUACGGACGCCAUCAUUACCGCUACGGACGUUCCGCUCAGGACGACUCAUCCGCACUCGAGAGGACAAUGAACCUCAUUCGCCAGCAGGAUUUCUCGGGCUGUGGCCUGAAGCUCGUUUGCGAUCUAGCGUCCAUGACGGACGAUCAGUUGGCGUCCGAGGAGAUGAGCAUAUUGAGUCUAGUUGGGACAUCCAUCAAACCGGGCGAAGGCCUAUUACCAACGAGUGCCCUGCAAGAGUACCAGGCAGCCAGGGGCUUAGGAGAGUAUGGGUACGAUUGUGCCCUUGCGUUCCCGUCAUGCCCCCUCAACUCGACCCAGCUGAUAGAGACUGUGAUGUCGUAUCUCCCUUGAGUUUUGCUCGCUUCUAAACUUUACUUUAUGGGUUCUUGUAAAGUUAAUUUUAUAAAAAUGAAUGACCAAAGAAAUGCAUAGUUAUCUAAGAAAGAGGUUAAACAUAGUACUAUACGUAAUCACAGCUGUAACCUUGCCCAUUGGCCUAGUAACUAUAGUAGUUUCACACAGCCGUGCGUUUGAUGUCUAAGCCAGUUCCUUACGACGCUCCUGAUUGGCUGUUGAUAAGCCGAUGGCAGGAUGUAUGUUCCAACUCUCCUGAGGGAUGCUUUUGAAAGACUUACCCCUUAUCAACAGCCAAUCGGAAGUGUCGUCAGAGACUGGGUUAAACAUCAGAUGCACCGGUGAUGUGAAUCUAGUAUAGUAGUGGCGAAAUCAAACAUUUUCUUACUCUAUUACUGUUCAUCCUUACAUAAG